AUGGGAAAUGCUUGUGACAACACAAACAACAACAACAACAUCAACAACAACAUCAAUGACACAACACACAACAACACAGACAUCAACAUCAACAACAACAUCAACAACAACAACUACAACAACAAUGAGAGUUAUUUAACGAAGGCAAAUUAUUCAGAGACAGAAUUCCACUAUAUUGAAUUCAACAACUUCACCCUUCCCAUACUUGGCUAUGCAACUCCUGUUUUUGUUGUAUUUACUAUUAUAACAAACUGCCUGGUGUGUGCUGUCCUCUUAAAGAAGCCCAUGCGGUCGAGCACAAACACGGUCCUCUUCAGUCUCGCCAUCUCAGAUUCCACCACGGGCCUACUACCACUUCCUUGCUUUCUCUACUUUUACACAUUCAACAAGACACCUGACUACAUCCCGUACAGCUGGUGCCUUGCCUUCUACACCCUUACUGACUACCUACCCACAGCUUUUCACACGACGUCUAUCUGGCUGACAACAAUCUUGGCCUGCCAGAGGUAUGUUUACGUCUGCAGGUCUGCUGUCGCUAGGAGGGGCUGUACGCAGAAGCGAACCGUCAAGAUGAUUGUUCUGGCGUAUGUUGUGGCUCUCCUCAUGCAAAUGUCACAUUAUUUUGAGGGCAGGUUCGUUCCGGUUGAAAAAUCUUCAAAAUUUCUGGAAAACUCGACCAUUUUGACCUGCGUGUUCCACUUGAAUGAGUUCGUUGAGGACAACGUGCAGGUCUAUUUUGGGUUUCUGUUAUGGUUUAGGUUGCUAUUCGUUCAUUUUUUGCCGUGCUUAGUUUUGGUGCUACUGAACGCCGCGUUGAUUCGAGCGAUCCGGAGAGCCCAAGCUAAGAGGAGGAAGUUGUUCCUCUCUAGGCAGAGGAGAAAUGUUGAUUGCAAAAAUUGCCGAUUCCACUCCCAAACAACAACACGAAUGCUAAUAGUAGUUGUAGGCAUAUUUCUACUAGUUGAACUACCCUUAGCUAUCUUCAUAAUCGUAAAUUUUGUGGAAAACACAUGGGAAUAUUACAUACUUAGCCGAAACGCUCGCGAAAAUACAGCUCUGUUGGUCAACUUAGCUAUAAUUAUUAGCUACCCGUGUAAUUUUUUUGUAUACUGCGCCAUGAGUCAGCAGUUUAGGCGGAAUUUUUGCGAACUUUUUAGCUUGGGUCGACGGGCGUUUGAAAGCGAGACGACAACGACGAUGAUGGUGGCUGUGGCCAGGAAGUCAGCUAACAAUAGAGCUAGUGGCGCCAGGAAUCCAACGACAUUUGAGUUGUGCACGCUCACCAAUAAUAAUGACGAAGACAACAACAAUAACAACAAAAAUGACAACAACAACAACGACCAAAAUAAUAAUAAUAAUAAUGAUAGCAACGCCAACAAAGACAUCCUGGUGAAUGUUUAUAAUGAUGUUGAGAACGACUGCGAGAUAAAUGACCUAAGACGGGAGGAAAAUAACUUUGAAAGUACCACUAGAAAUAUCAACAACAUCAAAAACAACAACAACGAAAUCAACGACAACAUCAAAAACAUCAACAACGACGACAGCAGCAACAUCAACAACAACAUCAACAACAACAACAGCAUCAACAAGUCAUCAUUUGACCUGGAGUUAGAGAUGAGGCGGAAGAGACAAAAAUAUGUGUGGUCUGGAGGCUGGAGGAGAUUACGUCAUGCUUCUGACGUCACAAUUGUUACCAAAAAGCAUAAAUAA